AUGGCUGCACAUUUCAGCUCAUUUGCAGCUAAAAUAAGGGCCCUUCACCGUGAACCACCUAUGCUAGACCCACCCAAAGGCAAUUAUAGACCACGACCAGCUUAUAAUGACACUAAGAAUGACAAUGAUUUGGUGCAAAUCCGACCAGCUAGGCUCGAAUUUCCUAAGUUUGAAGGCAAUAAGCUCAAUGUCUUGAAUGAUCAGGUGCAUACAUUGGAGGAAAUUUUGAAUGAGGGAGAUGAAGGAGUAAUAAAAAACCAUGAUGAAUUGCGAGCUAAUCCGAAUGAAGGAAACACACCUGAAAUUACUCUCCAUGCUAUGGUUGGGUCUAUUAGUCCCAAAACCAUGAGACUUGUGGGGAAAAUUAAGGGGGAGCAAGUGGUAAUUAUCAUUGAUAGUGGGAGCACUCAUAAUUUUGUGGAUUUAGCUGUCAUUAAGAAGUUGAAUUGGCCAUUUAAAGCACAAGGGCAGAUUCGGGUGAGGGUUGCUAAUGGGCAAGAAAUGACUAGUGAAGGAAGGUGUUUGAAUCUUCCCAUAACCCUUCAAAGGUACAUGGGGAAAGUAGAUGUGUAUAUGCUUGUUUUGGCUGGUUGUGAUAUGGUGUUAGGAGUACAAUGGCUUAGCACUUUGGGUCCUAUUCUAUGGGAUUUCACUAAAAUGACUAUGUGGUUUACUUGGAAUGAUGCACCAUUGGUGCUACAAGGAUUAACAUCAAAAAACUUGUUGGAGGAGCAAUUGUUCUACAAAAAGCAUCCCUUAGGAGUGACAUUACAGCUGCUGGACCAAGCUAAAGAGGAAGAGAAAGGAGCUGAAGAUGAUGUUAUAUCUACAGUUUUGACCAAUUUCCAGCGUGUCUUCGAAGACCCUAAAGGGUUACCACCUAGAAGAGCUCAAGAUCAUGCCAUAUCUUUGAUUGAGGGAGCACAAUCAAUUUGUGUUCAACCUUACCGUUACCUAUUUUUUCAAAAAGAAGAGAUAGAGAAGAUUAUCCGGGAGUUGUUGGGAUUAGGCACUAUUAGGCCAAGCCAAAGCCCAUUUUCUUCCCCCGUUCUGUCGGUAAGGAAAGCAGAUGGUACUUGGCGUAUGUGUGUGGAUUAUAGGGCCUGGAACCUAGUCAUGGUUAAGGACAAAUUUCCGAUACCCGUGAUCAAUGAAUUAUUGGAUGAAUUGAAUGGGGCGAAUAUUUUCUUUAAGCUGGAUUUAAGGUCCAGUUAUCAUCAAAUUCGAGUUAAGGAUGAAGAUAUUCAAAAUACAGCAUUUAGGACACACGAGGGUCAUUAUGAGUUCCUAGUGAUGUCGUUUGGGUUGACCAACACACCAUCCACUUUCCAAUCGCUGAUGAAUGAGAUAUUUGUGCCCUUCCUAAGAAGGUUUAUCUUGGUUUUCUUCAAUGACAUUCUAAUCUAUAGUAGGAGCAUGGAGGAGCAUGUUAGGCACUUGGAAGUGACUUUGAAGCUGCUGGAACAGCACCAGCUGUAUGCAAAACGAUCCAAAUGCAUAUUUGGAUGCAAGCAAGUUGAAUAUUUGGGUCAUUUGGUGUCUAAGGAGGGAGUGCAAGCCAACCCUCAAAGUUGA